AUGCAACGAUUUCAAAUUAUGACGCGCGGCAUGCUGAGCCUGCAACAUGCCGCGGCACUUAUGACGCAGCAGCAACACCUCCGGAACCUGUCCAUUCAGUGGCCCCUGGCCCUGCCCCAAAAUCAAAGCCAAAAGCCGGCUGGCGGUGGAAAGCCGGGAAUAAACCAGAAACCAAGACCCUCCGCCUCGGCACAAAAGAUCACGCUCAUCCAGCAGAACCAGGCGAUGAGCAUCACCACCCUGGAGGAGGCCCAGAAGCUGGCCAAGCGGCGGGAAUUGCAUUUAAUGCGCCUGGGAGAAACAGAUGCCAAAACCGGGCGCGCCAUGUUCAAACUGGUGACCGCAUCCGAAAUGCUGACCGACGACACGGAGAAGUCCAGCGAAAAGGGCAAGGAGAAGAAAUCGGAAAAAUCCCUGACCAUUGGGGCUCGCAUCACGGAGCAUGACUUGGCCUCGCGGCUGAAGAACAUUGUCAAGUGGCUGGGCAAGCGGCACGAGGUGCGCAUCCUUAUCCAGGGCAGUGCCAGCGGAUCGGAUGAGAGCGGCGUCGAGCGUAUAUUAAAGGCCAUCGAACAGGCCAUUCGGGAGCCCCAAGUUGUGGGCAAGAUAGUGCAGAAGCGCACCAAAGGAUCCUAUGUGAAGUUCAGCAUUAUGCCAAUGGCAUCGCAACCAGUGGCCACUGCCACGACCCAAUCCUGACAACUACCCCCGCCAUUGCCUCGGAUAAGCCAUUGCUCGGUAAUGGCAGCUCCCUUACUUACCACCCGUCGUCAUUUUAAUGGAACAUCAUCCCGGCCCGGUCACCGGAACGAAAAGGUAUCCAUUCUGGCAUUUGCCGCAGUCGGUUCUCUUUUAGCCUUUAAAUAUUUUAUCUGGCAUCAAUAUUUGCUUAAAAAGAAAGCUUGUGAGGAAAAGAAAAGGAAGCAUUGGUAUGGCCACCACGAUCCCGAUGAGCCCUGCUGAUGGUCUGGUUUAGUUCCUGAAAACUUCUCCAAAUUGUUGUAAAAAUCGAAAUUAAUAAAUUAAAUGAAAUACUGCCAUAUCUA